GGUUGUGUGGAGCACGCGUUGAACGUGUAGGGAGUUUUUAAUGGUGCAUAUAGCAUGAGUUUGAGUUUGAAGUCACGAAGGGAUAGCAGCAGUAUGAGUUUGAAAAGCAGAAGUGAUACCUCGAGCCUAAGGAGCCGAUCUAGCAAAUGUGCAGAGCCCAGCAGUAUCAAAUGUGUCAUCGUCGGCGAUGCAGCCAUCGGAAAAACAUGCCUGUCGUCGAAGUUCGCUACGGGAAAAUACCACAGUGAAUAUAACCCUACAACGUUCGACAAUUUCGUCGUGACGUUACCGGGCCCCUCCUCCAGUUAUGUGCUUAGCAUCUUCGACACAGCCGGACAGGAAUCUUUCGACCGCCUCCGUGUUUUAUCCUACGUUGGAUGUAAAGUUUUUAUUGUGUGUUUUUCUGUCGUCUCGCCAAAAUCUUUUAAAAGUGUUGAAGCGAACUGGAUAGAAGAAAUUAACCAUUACAUGCCAAGGACACCUUUCAUUUUGGUGGGCACUCGCUCGGACUUACGGAGGGCCGUCCGACAGAGAGGCGCUGCUGUGGUCUCUAAGGAACAAGGAUUUCAAUUGGCCGACCGGAUUGGGGCGGAAUGUUAUGUAGAGUGUUCGGCACUUUCCGGAGAAGGGCUACGAGACGUGUUCGUGAACGCCAUGGAAGUGGCACUGAAGUCGACAUCGGACAUUUCGGAUGAAGACUCGACGUGUGGUUGCCGAUGCAGCAUUGUGUGACUUAUCACCAAAUCUACCUGAAUUUGCAGGUGCACACAGAUUUCUAGUCAGAGGUUUUUGGGGCCCAAAACUCCCUAAAGGCAAACGUGGAAAGAAAACCCGUGAAGAGUCUUACAGGGAAUAUUUUCAGGACAGGCCGAAUUUGGUGCUGAUGAAGGCGAUCAGCGAAUCUAGUUCACAGUUCCGCUCUGAAUCGGAACAUGCAGAAAUGGUCUUAAAAUGCCAGUGUCUUUCACAUAAGUAUAAGGCUGUCAUGAUCCAGAUUUGAUGGACCUGUGUAUCUGAGUCAUCAUCACACAUGCACUGUGAUUUCUAUACUGUACAUGUUUAUAUUUAUGGAGGAAAUGAUUAAUAUAUUGCUGAUAUGUAUUGAAGAUGACGAUCCAGGCCAGGUCAGGAACCCACCGAUCAUUUCUCGCAAGACCCGACUGGAGAAGCAAUUUCCUCCAGGGUAGAGACAACACCACUUUAAGCAGAACGGGAUGAGGUGGACUCACUGCGGUUUGUGAAAGGUUUAAAAGCUAACGGGGAUGUUUUCCUGAAAAAGCCCCUAAAAUCCGCAGUUAGCGGGGCUGUUUUAACGUCUACUCUUGCCCAGAGCCUUGUCAUAUGUGCAUGGGUAGGCCACGGCGAAAAGGAUUCAGGAAUUGCCUAUAGGUGAAACAUUUUUAUACGAUCGGUGAGGGAUAGACCAAGUGAUGAUAUAACUAACAUGUCCUGUAUUACCCAUCAGUCUAUGGGGUUCGCUGGAAUUCAUAUGUCAAGGCCGUUCCAAGUCACAGCGGUUCAGCGUCACAUUCCAAUCAGACACUAUGCAAACUCAUCAGCGUUUUAUCGCUGGAAAAAUAUUUUAUAUUUAAAUGAUUUGUUAUAAUUUUGUAAUAAAUAUUAAAACAUCA